AUGCGUCCCAUGCCUAGUGCACAGCGUGAGUACGUGGAUCUAGAGAUCCUACGCAGCAACCUGUGGGGUAGCGGAUUCUCGGUUGCGGCACCGGAUCAGGGGCAAGGCUUGACCAGCAAAUCCGGGGCCGUUUCGGAGCCAGGCCGUGAUGACUUUGAGAUCGCCAUUAUCUGUGCCUUGACCAUUGAGCACAAUGCUGUGGAAAUACUGUUGGAAGAAGAGUACGAUACCAACGGUUUUUCAUACGGGAAAGCGCCCGGAAAUUCGAAUGCAUAUACCACAGGCCGUCUAGGUGGUCAGCAUGUGGUCCCGGCUUAUAUGCCGGGUAUGGGGGUGGCUAGCUCCGCUGCAGUGGCCGCCCAUCUUCGCACGAGCUUUGAAAGAAUCAAAUUCGCCAUCAUUGUGGGCAUCUGCAGUGGCGACAUCAUUGUUGGUAUGUCGGUGAUUCAGAUUGACAUUGACCAGCAAUAUUCGGACAAAUUCAUCGGAAGGAAAGAACUCGAAGAUACUCUCAGGCCGGCGAAUCUAGAAAUCCGAGCGUAUGUCAGGAAGACCUUGGGCUAUCUCGCUCAAAAGAGAAUUGGGGAUAAGAUUGGCAUCUUCCACACUCAGAUCUGUGCAACCGACGCAUUUACGAGCUCCGUCUAUCCCCGACCAGAGAAUAAAAACCUGUAUCCCGCUGACUAUUGGCACAAACACCGAAUAGAAUCCUGCGAUGCUUACCGCCAUUGUGACGCACAGGGUGAUGAAGUUUGCAAGGAAGCCCUCCAGAUCCCCUGUAUAGCUCUCGCUUAUAACAGUAACUCUAUUAAAAGCCGCGCUCGCGUUCAACAGGCAUAG